UGUUACCGCGGAGCCACCGGAGAGAAGACGGCCGAGCGAAACCUCUCGGAAAAGUGUGAACAGUUGGAGGAAAACGGCACGACCAAACGCCUGUUGCCGGUGCCUGGGGGUGGCAGGUGUUCCUCGAACUUGUCAGCGGAUUUGAGCGUUGUGUUUUCGCCGACAAAAGGGGGUCUUUUUUCUCAAAGUUGAGCCGAAGAGGAGUUCUCUCGUUCAGGAUGUCGGACUGAGACAAAGGGGUCUGGGGGGCAUUCCCGUCGGAGCGCAGGUUAAACUUGAUUCUUGAGGUCUCCUCUGGAUGGGAAAGAUGGAGAGGGAGUUGCAUUGGUGGAAAGGACAGCUAGCUGCAGAUAUCCAUCAAUCCCUCCGCAUCAAGGAGCUGAAGCUGCCGGUCUACCGGGCCCACUCCCCGCAGAUUGGCAUGCGACGGUACUUUGCAGACUUGUUGGCCAUCCUGAGUAAUCGCUACCAGCUAUGUCCCACAGCACGCCACCUGGCCGUCUACCUGCUGGACUUGUUCAUGGACCACUACGAUGUGGCCGUCAAACAGCUCUAUGUCAUCGCCCUCUCCUGUCUGCUCCUAGCUAGUAAAUUUGAGGAGAAGGAGGACCGGGUUCCCAAACUCGAGCAGCUGAACUCUCUGGGCUUCAUGUGCAGCCUGAACUUGGUUCUCAACAAGAAGGAUCUGAUCAAAAUGGAGCUUCUGCUGCUGGAGACCUUUGGCUGGAAUUUGUGCAUGCCCACACCCGCCCACUUUAUUGACUACUACCUCCAUGCCUCAGUGCAGGAGGGCGACCUCUACAACGGCUGGCCCCUCUCCUCCCUCUCCAAGACCAAGGCCUUCAUGGACAAAUACACUCACUACUUUCUAGAAGUCUCACUGCAAGAUCAUGCCUUCCUAAGUUUCAGACCAUCCCAGGUUGCUUCUGCGUGUGUGGCAGCGUCGCGAAUUUGCCUUCAGAUUUCCCCAAGCUGGACGACUGCACUGCAUCUGCUAACAGGCUACAGCUGGGACCACCUCAGUCAGUGCAUUGAACUCAUGUUGCUUGCUCAUGACAAUGACGUUAAAGAGGCCAACAAGACCAAAUCCACUCCUCCUCACCGGCCCUCCUCUCUGCAGUCUCAGCCCCAGACCUCCCACCUUUCUCCGGUGUCAGCCAUUCAGAGACCAGCCUCAUCCUCCUCCUCCUCCACCACCUCCACACCACAGCUGCUCUUUCAGCCGGAUGGCUUUCCACAUCUUUCCCAGCAUUCCCCGUCCCUCUCCCAGCUUCAAGUGCUAGCUGACUCCCAGGCUUUGGGGCCUGUGGUGAACAUGUCUCAGGACUUCCUUCAGAGCCACAGGAUGGGUCUCCUUACUGGGGCCCAUUCCAUGACUCCUGGGGGUGGGUUUCCCUCCUACCCAAGCCUCACCUCUGGUCUCCAGCCUGGGGCUCGUGCGCUGCCUCUCCAGGGUCCCAUUUCUGUUCAGAUGGCCCUCGCUGGAGAGCCACGUCACUGUCUAAGUAUGGCCUACAGCGGGAGUUACCUGGGGGCUCAUCACACUUUCACAGCCGGCUGCUUUGACAGGUGACGCCAGGAGACGGAGAGGGAACACAAACCCUUGCGGGAGUGCACUAUGCUUCCGUCCCAGAUCCCUACCCCAAAAUAUCCUUUUACGGAUCUCCACUCUCUCUCCGUCAGCUCCGCAACACCAUCAGCUUGUCCAGCCCCCCCGUCCCUCUCACAGAGACGCCUCAAACGAAAGCAGAGGUCUAAAGGCAAGACUGACCCGGUGGAAAUCAUCACACUGACGUGACAAAUGCUCCACGGACUGUGUGAAAAACUGAGGCAUUGCAAGAAAUGUAUUCUGAACUGGUUUUUAUAAAUCUGUGUUAUUAUGAGACUGUCAUCACUGUGAAUGAGAUGAAAGCAGCAGUGUGAUCUAACACCCACCUCAUUCAGUGCCUGUUCUCAGUUGAGUGAAAGCUGAGCCAAUUUUAGAAGUGCACAGAACAAAAAUUAUCUGUGAUAAGGAUAUCUUGCUGCUCAACAUCAUUUUUUAUUUUAGAUAUUUGUAAUCCAAAAAAUGUAACCCAUUUUAGAGAGGAACAAUUGGUGGUUAUUAUUUCUUGAGCCAACAUUUUGAGGGAGCUAGAAGAAGAAAUAGAUGCUUGUCGCUGACUUGGCAGGUAGUACAGAGGCUGUUGUAGGUCAGUUUUUGGUUGCGUUUCCUGAAAGUCUGCGAAGACUGAUCGAACAUCUAUAUUCUCUGUUGGAAAUGAAGGGCCCCUCUGGGAAUUCCUCACCACCGUCAGCCCUCAGAGGGGACGAAGAAUUCACUGUUUUGAGCACAGCAGAUGAAGUCCGCCAUUCGAACAAGCCUGCUGUUUUUUUUUUUUUUUUAAUGUUUUUUCUCCCCUUUUUCCUCGUCAUCUCUUCUCUCCCAUCUCCAAAGUCGAGCCUCGUGGCAGAGCCGUCGCACACCUGGCUGGCAGCUGCAGGCUUUGUCGUACUAAAGUUUUAAUUUCAGUCUCCGGCACCACUCAAAGAUUUUAACACAAACUGAUGUGACUGGACCAGCACGGUGAAGGAGACGUGGACGUCGGUUUUGUAUUGUACAUAUGAAUUGCUGCUGCCUUCUUACGAAAUGUUGGUUCUGUGUCUGUGUUACUGACUCAAAUGUUUACAUGAACCACUAAGUAUCAGGGACUUGAACAAGAUUACUUGAAUAUGAUGCCAUUGAAACAUGCCAUAGCUUUUAUUUAUGAUGACUCCUUUUUUUUUCUUGAGCUUGAUUUUAUUUUAUUUGUUUGAUGUAGUGUAGCUUUUUAUACCAGCUUAGAAACACAUCAUUUACUAAUUAGUUUUUUUGUACCUGAUUAUAGAAACUGUAUUCGGGCUCAGGUUUCAAGGCUGAAACUAGCAGCCUUCUCAUUAUUCUGUACUUUUAUGCUUUAAAGUGGAUGCUAAUGCAGCGUCUCAGGGGCUGGAAUAUUCCCCUUCUUCAUCACUGGACCGUACUCUGCUUACAAGUCAGUAACUGAAUGCAUGAAACAGUUGGUUUGCAUCGUAGUGGAACAACCUCGUGGUCACUGGCCUCACACACAAACAUCUGUAGCCAGUCGGCGGUAAUUGCUUCCAAGAUUUCUAAAGCUGCAAUGCCCAAUCUUCCACUUCCUGUUUAACUAUAAACACGUCCAGAUUCCCAGUGUCGGUCACAAAUGUUGCCCUCUAGUUACCUUGGUGAUACUUUAAAGGUCCAGUGUAUAUAAUUUAGUGGCAUCUCGCCAUGAGGCAGCAGAUUGCAGUCACCUCGUCUCACCCUCACGUACAGUGGGCAUGAAAGACUCCAGUGGUAGGCUCAUUCUAAGGUAACAAAAACACUAUGAUUCCUAUUUUCAGGUGAUUAAAUACUAAUGGCAACACAAAUAUGAACAUUAUAUUUAAUUUCUGCCAAUAUAUCCCCUUAAAUCCUACAUACUGGACCGUUAAAUGACUGGAUUGGAUGUUGUCUGUACUGAACUGUGGCUGAAAUAGGGCUGCAGCAAUUAUUUUACCCAAUUAAUCCUUUUUAUAAAAACUUAAAAUUGACAGCAAAAUCGUGAAAAGUGUCUGUUUAUAGAUUCCCAGAGCUCAUGGUGAUAUGUUUAAAUAGUUUGCUUUACAUCACCAGCAGUCCAAAACCCAAAGAUACUCAAUUAUUAAGCAUUUAUGACAAAGAAAAGCAGCAUUUGAGAAACUGGAACCAGAGAAUUUGGGGCAAAAAGGAAAGGAAAGGAAGAAUAAGACAAUUUUUCUAUACGUCCCCUACUUAAUCAGUUAAUCUACUAAUCAUGUAACUGUACUGUGGACCCCAACUUCUGAGAUGACUGAACUGAAACUGGCCCCUCAGUAAGCUUGACUUGGUUGCCAUUUCUCACCUGAAUCUGGAUGUGUGUGUAAUUAAGUUCUGACUUGAUGCUUCAAACUGUUCUGCUGUGGACUUUGGACUUUUAACCAUGUUGGGUCAAGUUCUCAGCAGUUGCCACGCUUGAGAUGUGAACCUUAAAUUCUCAGUAAGACGUGUGCAUUUCUCAGAAAACACUACGUGAAGCCUUGUGAAACUAACACUCAAACUAUUACAGUCAUGAAUCACGAGUCCAUGUUUGUUUUCCCACCACUGAUCAAGGUGUGUCAUUGUGCUUCUCAGUGAUAUGAACUCAGAUACUACGCCUUUUGUUUUAACUUUAUGUACAGUUUUGUUAUGUUUUCAUUACAUUCCCUUUCAGUGUAUUUUAGUUAAAGCCAUUUGUGGUUCUGAUGAAUGCUGUUGGUGUGAACUAGACUCCUUUUUUUUUAUUUCUAGAGUUCAACUUUUCCUCAUAAUUCAUGAGCAACUUCUCACUGAGACGUCAAUGGUGCAAUAUAUUGUUUUUUCUGUUGAAACUGACCACAGCCAUCACUGUCUCGUGUACACCACUGGUUCAUCUUUUGUAACUUAUUUUUGAUUGUUGUGUGAUUUGACUUGCUGUAGCUUGAUCUCCUCUAGAGAGCAGUGGGCUCUGAACACAAUGAAUAUGUUGCAUAUUGCAGCCACCUCCUUCGAGUGAUAGAUCUUACUGAAUGAUUUUGUCUUUUAGCUGUUAGCUGAGAUUUACCCUGCAUUUUUCCCUCUUGUGAAAGGUGCUGAUGUCACUCACACCAAACUACACUUUUUGUGAUAGUGAUGAAACGACACCACAAACUUCCAGUUUAUAUUUUUCUAUUAUUUUGUACCAAUUUGUAGUCUUGGUUUAUGUGACACUGAGUGAUAGAAGGGAUUCUUUUAUCAUAAUGUGCCAUGAUAAAAAUAAACACACACAUGAACUGAG